UACCUAUAUCUAUAAUUAGGUUAACCUACAAAAUCAAAAUUGUAAAUUUGAGAUUUACAUUUCAAAAUUAGAUUUUAUAAGAAUAAUGCUUCCCCCGGCUAGUGGAACUGGCAUCUCAUUUUUCAGAAGUGCUAAAGUAAUUAGAUUUUGUAAACAAGGAUGCACCAAUAGGCCGUUUUAUCACAUCGUAGUUACUGAGAAACGAAAAAAUCAACACCACCCUGUAAUUGAACAACUCGGAACAUACGACCCCCUACCGAAUCAGUAUAACGAAAAAUUGACAUCUUUAAAUUUUGAGCGGAUCAGGUACUGGAUAGGAAACGGGGCCACAGUAUCUAAACCUGUUGAACAAUUAUUAGGACUUGCUGGAUUUCUGCCUAUUCACCCAAACAGUUACAUGGUAGCAUGGAGAAACAGAAGAGCAUUGAAAGAAACAGAAAUAAAAGAUAGUAAAGAAUCUGCUAGUAAUUAACGCUUUAAUAUGACAUUAUAAUUUGUAGUAUAAACAUAUUUUUAUCAUUUUGUUAAUAAAACAUUUGUAUUUG